AUGGAGGCUCUGAAGCUAACAAGAGCUCUUAAGAGUAACACAGCUUUGCAGACAGUGACACAGAAACAUGGUCAUGUAAGAUUAGCGAAUUAUGCGAAUAAAUCAUGGCGUAUAAAUCUUGAUCGUCGUGAGAGUGGCCCCGCAAUGAUUGUGGCUUCGUUGGAUGGUCCAAGCACAAGCACAAGAUACCUGCAGCAGAAGCAAGCUGACUUGUUCAUACGCCCGCUAACCCAGUUUCACAUGGACCAAAACCCGAACAAAGAUGAAGAGAUGGUUGUGGCAAAGCUGCGUUUGGUGGCGGCAGCAGCGGCAGACCGGGCAGAAAUGCACGGUGUCCUGGCAGAGCAAAGAGACGGAUGGAACAAACUCCUCCUCGCUUCCCUCACCAACAUCACGCUCGCCGCGCUCAUUCUCCAGGCUUUACCCAACAACGAUAGUAAUAACGUUGUCGCCACACUUUUGUAUGGCUUCUCCACAGCUUUGAUGUGCGGUGUAAACAAAAUCCAGCCUUCGCAGCUAGCGGAGGAGCAGAGAAUGGCGGCGCGGCUCUUCCGUCAGCUCAACACUGACAUCCACACAAACCUUGCUCUGCCUCCCCACCUUCGUCAGGACAAGUGUGCAGAAUCCUUCCUCGCCAAGGCCUACAAAGCGGUGCUUGCAUUGGAUGAGGCUUAUCCUCUGCCUCUCUUCCCCGGUAUGCUCGACAAAUUUCCCAAGAUUGUACGACCGACAGUGUGGUGGCCUCAACAUGAACAAUAUCAUCAAACACAGAACCGACGUCCCCAUACCUUAGUUACCAGAAACGAGAAACGAGAAACGCAACCGCAACGGCAACGUGACGAGAAACCGAAUAAAACGGCCGUUAGAAACGAGAAACGCCCCCAUACUGACAACAACACAACCAUCAAUGGAUGGAGUGCAGAGGUAGAGGAAGAGUUGAGAGGUAUUUCGGAGACGCUUAAAACUGGUGAUAUUGCAGAGUAUGUGGGGCUCAGCCGCAAAGUACUGGGAGCAAACAGUAUUCUUGCAAUAGCCGGCCCGUUGCUCACUGGGAUUGCAGGGGCACUGAAUUUGAAUGGCGCAAUGUUAUCUAUGUCAAUGGUGGCGGGCGUGUUGGGUGUUGUGGGCAACACACUCAGCCAUGCAGGUCAGGUCGGAAUGGUUUUUGAGAUGUACAGAAACUGCGCAGGAUUCUACCAUUUGCUGGACUCCUCCAUCUCAGACACUCUGAGCGAGGCAGAUCCAGAGGAGAGAGAAAACGGAGAGCUAUUCCAUUGGAGAUUGGCCUUGCAGCUGGGUCGCGAUCCUCAUUCUCCUCUUGCAGAUUCUGCCUCCAAAUUUGCCGGCAAGCUUUUCUGA